AUGUCUCAGUGUUUGUAUUCGAAUCCUACUUUUUCGGCGACAUUACCCAUUUGUUUUGCACCCAGUUUUAUUCUAUCUCCGGAAUACGAUUCGUCUCACCCUGCUUCUCCUCUUUCAUGCCUAUAUAACCUACCCACCAUGCGUUUCUCUAAACGUCAUUUCUCUCCUUCUCUCUCUCUCUGCAUCUCUGUAUUAUCUUCCCGUUCUCGUUUCCCUGGAAAAUAUCAAGCACCGAGACAAUUUCUCCACUCUGCUGAGAUAGCUAAAGCUAAUAGAGUUUUCGGGAAAUCAGAGUUUUCAUUAGUGAACCUUGGGAAGUAA